UGGCUUUAAAAUUUAAUCGCAUAAGAUGUAUUGAUUUGUAAAAUAUCUUUUAUGUAAAAUGUUAAAAAAUAUUUAAUAUAAUAUAUAGCAAUUGUGCUAAAAGCAAAACUUCCAUAUAUAUAAUCUCUUUGAACAGUUAGAUAACUUUUCUUGUCAAUGCUAGUCUUGAAUACUUUUAGUGUUAUUUAAUUCACCGUGAUAAGAUAUGCCAUUUUUUUCUAAUAAAUUUUCUCCCAAAAAGACGCCGACUAGAAAGGCAUCGGUUUUCUUAGCAAAUAAAAAUUUGAGUCCCAAACGAAUAGAGAAAGAACUUGGUCCAGAAGUGGGCCCUAUACGUCUUCGUCUUGGAGAUCAGGAAGCAAUCUUUGAGGCUGGCCUAUGGAUUCCAGAAACUGGCAAAGUAGGAGGUACUUUUAAAGAGAAUGAAAAGUUAAAAAAAGAAGUGAGACGACUGGAAGAAGAAAACAACUUGUUAAAAUUAAAAUUUGAUGUACUAUUAGAUAUGCUAACACAAACAACUGCAGAGGCUCACUCACAGAAAGAAGAAUUGGAGAGACUAAAAAAUAAUUUUCCUCACAACAAAAAAGUUGUUGCUUAGUCCAUUGAGUCUUAU